GGCUCCCCUCUUCCCAACCUCUUCCUGAAACAGUCUGUGCUUCUCUGCUGGGCUCCAAAGCUCCAAGCACCAACAGACCAGCAUUACCAUCCUCCCAACCCAAACUACACGUCAGAUCCCAGGACUUCGUCUCACAGGUUGCCUCUCUGGUAUACAGUCAGCUGACCCUGUUUCUGGAGAUUUUACGUUUCAAUACCUUCUUUGGAAAGUUUCCAUCUAUUUGAAGAAAUAAGUCCAUGUACCUGUCAUAAGUAUGGAACUGCAGAAGUUAUCAAAUGGUAACCACCACCAUGAUGUCACUGUGCCUGUGGACGGAGGAUUCCCACCAGAGAAAGGAAAGUUCCUGCAACACAAGAAUGAUCAAUUGAGGAGACCCCAGUUCACAGAUUUCGAGGGUAAGACCUCCUUGGGGAUGUCUAUCUUCAACCUGAGCAAUGCCAUUAUGGGCAGUGGCAUUCUGGGUCUGUCAUAUGCCAUGUCAAACACAGGCAUCAUCCUCUUCCUGAUCCUGCUGACAUGCAUUGCCUGUUUAUCCUGUUAUUCCAUCCAUUUGCUAUUACGCAGUGCUGGAGUUGUAGGUAUUCGUGCCUAUGAGCAGCUUGGCUUGAGAGCUUUUGGUCAUCCAGGAAAGAUUCUAGCAGCUGUCAUCAUAACAUUACAUAACAUUGGAGCCAUGUCAAGCUACCUGUUCAUAGUAAAAUCUGAGUUACCACUGGUCAUCCAAGCCUUUCUUGGCCAGACAUCCAGUUCUGAUGAAUGGUUCAUGAAUGGAAACUACCUCAUCGUCAUCGUCACUAUCGGCAUCAUCCUUCCACUAACUCUGAUGAAACACCUAGGGUAUCUUGGUUAUACCAGUGGUUUCUCUCUCUCCUGCAUGGUCUUCUUCCUUUCUGCGGUCAUCUAUAAAAGAUUCAACAUUGCUUGCCCUCUGGAAGUGUUUGGCAACUACUCUGUGAACACAGCUAUCCCAGAGGACACAUGCACUUCUAAAUUCUUCACUAUCAACCAAGAGACCGCAUAUACGAUCCCCAUCCUUGCAUUUGCAUUUGUAUGUCACCCGGAAGUACUUCCCAUCUACACUGAACUGAGGAACCCAACCAAGAGAAGAAUGCAGAAUGUUGGCAAUGUUUCCAUCCUCGGCAUGUUCACCAUGUACUUCUUCACUGCCAUAUUUGGAUAUCUUACCUUCUAUGAGAACACUGAAGCAGAGCUCCUCCACACAUACAGUAAAGUGGACCCCCUGGACACACUGAUCUUGUGUGUUCGGCUGGCCGUCCUGGUAGCUGUCACCCUGACUGUACCUGUGGUUUUAUUUCCUAUUCGUCGAGCCCUCCUGCAGCUGCUGUUUCCAGGGAAGCCGUUUCACUGGUUUCGUCACAUCACCAUUGCGCUGUGUCUACUGUUUGCUGUCAACCUGCUGGUCAUCCUCGUUCCCAACAUUCGAGAUAUCUUCGGCAUUACUGGGGCAACUACUGCUCCCAGUCUGAUCUUUAUCCUGCCUGGACUUUUCUACAUCCGCAUUAUCCCCACUGACCAGGAGCCCAUGAACUCCAGAUCAAAGAUUCAGGCGGCAUGUUUCACUGCACUAGGUUUCAUGUUUAUGACCAUGAGCCUAACCUUCAUUGGGCUUGACUGGAUGAGCGGAGAAAAGCGAAGUCAUGGUGGCCAUUAAUUUAAAACCCUCCCAGUCAUACACCAACAGCACCAACAAAAUUCAACCCACUGCUGGAAGGGUCACAGUUUGGGGGAUUUUAUUAAUCAUAACUACAAUCCGUUCCUCCAGAGUGACAAUUCCUCCAGUUUUGUUCCUACACCCAACCAAGUUGUGAUCUCUGUUCCACAUGAAGAGCUGACAGAUGUGUUGGCCAUGAAAGCCCCUCAACCAGUAUAAGCCAUUUACUUCAUUGUAAGGCUAAACGUGGUUCAUAAUAAUAGUAAAAUUAAAAAUAAACUGGACAAGUGCAAAAAAAAAAAAAUAACCCAAAAAUCUGCUCCAAAAAUGUUUGAUUAUCAACAAAGUUUGAUAGAGAAAAUGUAUUUGCUAUGUGCUUGAUAAAACUGUUUUUCAAAAAGAAAUCCCAUCAUGGUGUUUAACAUUAUGGUCCAAAUAAUUCUGUUCAUUUGAGAGCUGUACAUUAUGAGAUAACCAAACAGAUGCCUUUAGAUAAUUUACUUUAAUUCAGUUUCAGUUAGUUAUUCUGGCAAACUAGAAAGAAUAUGUCAGAAAAGCCUAAGAUGAAGUGAAUGUAACUGUCAAUUCAUUUGGUGUGAUUCAUUUGCAAAUUAUUCUGGACAGCCUAUAUGUAUAUUCUUUAAUAAAAGUUCACAAAAAUCUUCCAUUGCAA